UAGUGAAGACUGAAGACCAUUCAAACCUGCAUUUAGUGUCUUUCACAUUGUCUCCGCUUUAAGAGUUUUUGUCACAUUGACACUGCAGAAAUAAAAAUGCAGAUUUGCCAUUGAAGCCAGAGAGGGAGAGAGAGAGAGAGAGAGAGAGAGAGGCAAUAUGGGUUGACAGAAAAUGAAGCAGCUGAGUGGUUUUCACAAUCACGGCUGCUAAUCAGAUUCAGUACUUUGCUUAUUAGCUUUCAAACCUUCUGCAUUAAAGAAUUACCGCAUCUUAGGUGGUCCAUACCUAGUACAGAAGCACAACAGGUGAGAGAAACGAAGCUGUAAGACAUUGAUAGUUGAGCAAUAUAAAAUUCUGUAUACUGGCGUGGAUGCAUAAUUUCUUGUAGUGGUAUAAAGACCAGGAUUUUGCAAGGACAAAACCUGUUGCCGUUUUGUUCUUUGCUGGAGUCAUGGCAACCUUGCUACAUCCUGAAACGAGGCGCUUGUACUCUUGGUGGUGGGAUAGCCAUAUUCCAAAAAACUCAAAAUGGCUUCAAGAAAAUCUUACUGAUAAGGAAUUCCCUUGGAAUGGUUCCUGAAAAUCUUGGGUUUCACAUUUGAGUGAUUAGAGUGAAUUCAGAGGCAGUUUCACUUACCAACGAAUUGAGAGGCAGUUGCACGCACCGAUCUUCAAAAUAUCUGGUCUUAGGGGGUUAAUGUAAAAAACCGGAACUUAGAUAGGAAAUUCUCUAGACAGGAGAAAUUGUUUCAAUGCAUAAUUAAUAAAGGAAUUGCUACUCUGACUCCACAAGAGACUGGCAUUGAGAUGUUAUGGGGUUACUUUUCUGGUCUUGGCAGAAAUGGAUGCUAAAGUAAAGGCAAUGAUCAAGCUCAUUGAAGAAGAUGCAGAUUCAUUUGCAAGAAGGGCUGAAAUGUAUUACAAGAAAAGGCCUGAACUAAUGAAGCUAGUUGAGGAGUUCUAUAGGGCAUAUCAGGCACUAGUGGAAAGAUAUGAUCAUGUAAUUGGCGAGCUCAGGCAGGCCCAAAAAACCAUGUCAGAGGCAUUUCCUGACCAACCACCUUUUCUACUGGCUGAAGAUUCGUCUGAUACACAUGAGUUUCAUCAGCCUGCACUGGGUUUAAUACCAUCUAGUGUACAUGCUGCAACGAAGAUUGGAUCUCAUGCUGGUUAUUCUAAUAAGGAAACAAGCAAGUGGGGUUUAAAGCAGUUACUUGAGAUGCUUGGGUCAGGAGAGGAAAUGCUGAAGAACACAAAGUUCCUCGAAGGAAAAUUGAGUAAAGGAUUGAACGGAAACACACAAGAAAAGGAAAAAUGUUUGCAAAAUCAAGUAUCUGAAUUGUCAAAUGAGAAUGAGAAUCUCAAGUCCAAGAUCCUCGUUGAGUCGGAGCACGUCGGUCAUGCUGAAGCUGAAGUUCAAAACCUGAAAGAAACCCUUGCUGAUAUGCAAGCAGAAAAAGAAGCUACCUUCAUUCGGUAUCAGCAAUGCCUGGAACAGUUAUCUGCUGCAGAGAGGGAGCUCAGUAGUGCACAGAAGGACUCUGUGAAUUUCAGUGAACAAGCUAGCAGAGCUGAAAAUGAAGUUCAGAAGAUGAAGGAAUCCCUUAUCAAAUUAGAGGCUGAACGAGAUGCUGGUUUGAGCAAACACAAGAAGUGUCUGGAUAGGAUAUCUAAUCUGGUAGUUACGGCUUCUCAAGCACUUGAAGACACAAAAGAACUAAAUACGAGAGCAAUUAAGGAGGAAACCGAAGCUCAGAAUCUUAGGAAUGAGAUCUCUAAGUUUGAGUCUGAAAAAGAUGUUAUCCUUCAUGAAUAUAAGCAAAGCACGGUAAACAUAUCUGACCUAGAGGAAAAACUCUUGGUGGCUCAGGAAGAAUCCGGACUGCUUAGGGAUAUAGCUGAUAGAGCUGAAGCUGAGAUCAAGAAACUGAAAAUUGUUCUGAUGAAACACAGUGAGGAGAAAGAAGCUGCUGCUCGCGACUAUAAACUCUGUUUGGAUAGAAUAUCCAUCCUUGAGAAUGAACUAGCUCGUGCCCAAGAGGAUAUAAAGCGCCUUAAUGGUGAGCUUUCAAUAGGAGCUGCAAAGCUUAAAGAUACUGAAGACAAGUGUGUUGUGCUGGAGAUAUCAAAGCAUUCAUUGUACCUAGAGGUAGAUCAUUUGGCAAAGAAGCUUGCAAUGAAAGAUCAAGAACUCUCUAAGAAGCAGAGGGAGUUACAGAAACAUCAAGUUGAUUUGCAAAAUGAGCACUUAAGCCAUGCACAAGUUGAAGCCACCCUUCAGGCUCUGCAACAUUUGCACCGUCAAUCGCAAGAAGAGCAGAGAGCUCUGGCCAUGGAGCUCAAAAAUAGUCUUGAGCUGUUGAAGGAAGUGGAAACAUGCAAAAAUAGUUUGGAAGGUGAACUGAAGCGAGUGAAGGAUGAAAACGAUAGCCUGAAUGAACAGAAAUUUUCCUCAAGCAAUUCGAUAGAGAAUCUGGAGAAUGAAAUCCUUAGCUUGAGGAAGAUGAAGGUGAAACUUGAAGAGGCGGUUGCACAAGAAGUUGGACUAAGUGACAACCUUCAAAAAGAGAUUGCAUGUUUGAAAGAGGAAAUCAAGGACCUGAACAGGAACUACCAGGCUUUAGUAGAGCAAGUGAAGGCUGCAGGUAUAAACCCUGAAUGUAUUGACUCUUCAAUAAAGGGCUUGCAGGAAGAAAACUCCAAGCUCAGGAUAAUCUGUGAGAACACCAAAAGCGAGAAACAAAUCCUCCUCAAGAAUUUGCAGAACACGGAUGAACUUUUGAAUAAGAAGGCUGUUCUAGAGAGUUUCCUCUCUGAUGUAAAUGGUGAGUUGCAGGGAUCACAACAAAAGACGAGAGCAUUGCAAGAGUCUUGUCAAAUUCUCAAUGAAGAAAAAUCUACUCUUGUUGCUGAGAAAGCCGCUUUGCUCUCUCAGUUGCAAAUCAUAACCGAGGACAUGCAGAAACUCCUAGAGAAAAAUGCUAUGCUUGAGAACUCUCUUUUGGGUGCAAAAGUUGAACUUGUAGAUCUAACGGAAAAGGCGAAUGGUUUAGAAGAGAUAUGUCAAUUGUUGAAGAAUGAGAAUUCCAAUGUUCUUGCUGAAAGAGGUCACCUAGCAGUUCAGUUGAAAAAUGUUGAACGGCGACUUGAAUGCCCGGAGACAAGAGUAAUGGGAUUGGAAGAGAAGUAUGCUUGCCUAGAGAAGGAGAAACAAGCAGAACAGCUACAACUUGAAGAGCUUAGAGUUUUUGUUGAAAUGGAGAAACAAGAAAGGACUAACUUUACACAUCAGAGCGAGACCCGGUUAAUUUAUAUGGAAAACCAUAUCCAUCACCUACAGGAAGAGAGUAAGUGGAGGAAGAAAGAAUUUGAAGAAGAACUUGACAAAGCUUUAAAAUCUCAGUUUGAAAUUUUCAUCCUGCAGAAUUUUAUACAAGAUAUGGAAGAGAAGAAUUAUUCUCUGUUGAUUGAGUGUCAGAAACACAUUGAGACAUCAAAAUUGUCUGACAAACUGGUAUCAGAGUUAGAGAAUGAGAGUGUUGAACAGCAGGUUGAAGCAGAACUUUUGGUAGAUGAAAUUGAAAGGUUGAGAAUGGGGAUAUAUCAAGUUUUCAAGGCCCUUGAAAAUGAUUCUGACUUUGUUUCUAAAGAUACGGUGGAAAAAGAACAAACUUUCCUGCAUUAUAUUUUGGGCAGUAUUGAGGAUCUGAAAUGUUCACUUAGAAUGUACGAGUUUGAUAAGCAACAGUUGCUGAUUGAAAACUCAACUCUUCUAUCUCUAAUUGCACAGCUGAAAUCAGAGGGCCUGGAAUUGGAGUCAAUGAAGAAAUUUGUAGAGGAGGAGCUUAAUAUCGUGGCAGAGAGGCUGGUUACAGUGCAGAAAGACAACCAUGGUCUACUAGAGAUGAACAAGAAAUUGCAAUCAGAAAUGAGCAGCCGCAGUCAACUAAAUGCCAUACAUGAGGCGGAGGUUCAGACUCUCUGUGUCAAGCAUGGUGAGUUGCAGACAGCUUACCUUGAAUUACAAAAGAAAUACUCUCAAGUACUUCAUCAGAACGAAACAUUGCUGACAAAAAUCUCAGAGAUCAAGGAGGAGAAAUGGAUACUGGAGCAGGAAAAUGAUGUUUUUCUACUUGAGACAAUGGCGCUGGGUAACUUCUCUACAAUUUUGAAGAGUUAUGGUAGUGAACGAACUACUGAGCUAAAGUCAACAUAUGAGGAUAUGCGCAAACUUCAUAGUGUUAUCAUUGACUUUGAGAAGGAAAUAGUUGUAUUGAUUGGGAAGCUGGAAAUGAAGGAAACUGAAAACCUACACCUGAAGAAAUCAGUUGAAAGGUUAGGAAAGGAGCUACAUGAGGUCACGGAAUCUAAUGAUCAUCUAAAGCUGGAAAUGUCUACUGGGAAAGAGAUUCUGGGUAAGCAGGAAAUAGGUCUUUUGGAAGCAGAACAGAAGUUUAAAGUAUCUGAAAGAUUGAACUCAGAAUUGCGUAGGGCUUUGGAUGAACUAAAGACCGACUGUCUAGGAUCCUCUAAGAUGAAUGAAGAUCUAGAAAAGAAGAUAUUUGAAAUAUCGAGAGAGAAUACCACUCAGAACAGGGAAAUUCAAUGCCUUCGAGAAGCGAACAUGAAUUUGGUGGGUGAAUUAGUUAUAUUGCAUGAAGAAAUUGAAGAGCGACGAAUCAGAGAAGACUGCCUAAGUUCAGAGCUCGAAGAGAAAGAGUAUGAGUUUGGACUAUGGGAGGCAGAGGCAGCAACAUUUUAUUUUGAUUUCCAGAUUUCCUCCACUCGAGAAGCAUUACUGGAAAACAAGAUGGAUGAGUUAACUGAGGUUUAUGGGAGACUCGAGAGAGAAAAUGCUUCCAAAAAUUUGGAGAUUGAACAGAUGAAAGUAAAAAUCAAUUUAAUGGAGAGUGAAAUUGGAGAGUGGAAGUCACAAUUAUAUGCAUAUGCUCCUGUAAUAGCCUCUUUAAGGCAUGAUGUGGUAUCACUUGAGCAUAAUGCGCUCCUCCAGACGAGGCUUAAGCUAGCUAGCUCUCAGGAAUCAAAGUGUGUUGACGUUGAGGUUCAUCUAGAUGAAAGUAGAUUUGAAAAGCUGAUAGAAGAUCAACCUGUCAUGACAAAAGACAUUCUAGAUCUGCAGGAGCUCAGGGCCAGGAUUAAAGAAGUUGAAAAAGUAGUGAAAAAGAGGAACAAGCCUAUUUUACAGGUAUCUUCAUGCAACAAGAUUGGGCGAGACAGUGCUGGAAGUGAAGUUGAGGUGUUAAAAUCUCAUCAUAGCUUUGAUCUAGAAAAAGAGGAGCAUGCAGAAAGGUGGAGUCCUAGGAAUGAGUAUGGUGAUGGUCAUAAUAGGCGAAAGAUGAAAUCCAAAUCCUUUGAUGUCAAAAACAGGAUACUGAUGAAAGAUAUACCACUUGAUCAUGUUUCUGAUGGUUCACUGCAAAUAGUUAGAAGAAGAGUUUCUUCUGGCUCUGACAGAGAAGAUGAUCGGAUGCUUCGGCUAUGGGAAACCACAGAGGAAGGUACCCCCAAUAGAAGUGUUAAGGACUUAAAGGAACGGGCAAAUUGUCCAACGGAGGGAAGUAUAGGAUACAAUAAAUUUAGAAAUUUGGAGUGGAGGAGCGAUCAUCCUCCAACAGAAUCAGAGGUGGAGAAGGAGUUGGGUGUUGAUAAGUUAGAGUUAUCAAUGAACUCCUUUGAUGCAAGUCAUGAAACAAAUAAACAGAUUCUGGACCGACUUUCCUCUGAUGCAGAGAAAUUGAUUAGUCUUCAGAUGACUGUUGAUAACAUGAGAAGGAAAUUGGAUAAGGAAAGAAAGUCUAGAAAAGCCAAACAUGUUGAUUUUGAAGCAGCAAAAGAACAGUUACAAGAAGUUGAAUUAAGGAUUGUGCAGCUGGUGAAUUUGAAUGGCCAUUUGAUGAAGAAUACAGAAGAAAGCACACUUUUCGCAGGAAGUAGUUCAACAGAUUCAAAAGAGGUCUUGAAUAUCAGGCGCAAGAGAGUUUCAGAACAGACAAUAAAGGGGUCCGAGAAGAUUGUACGGCUACAAUUGGAAGUUCAAAAACUUCAGUGCAUGUUACUGAAACUGGACGAUGAAACGAAAAGCAUAGCCAGCAGCAGAUUUUCCAGGAGAAACACAGGUAUUGCAUUGAAGAACUUCAUCCAUAUUGGAAACAGAAAUAGUGAAAAGAAGAAAAAGGCCCAUCUUUUUGGAUGCUUUAGACCUCCCAAUAGCAGCAACAUCAGUAGUAAUAGAUACCACAUUGGAAAUGCUUCUAAUCUUCUUCAGCUUUGAGCAGGUGCUUCGAUGUUCGUAGUUAUUUUAUUGUUUGGAUCGUUUCUUCUCUAGUCAGAAACCCUCGGAAAACAUAUCCGCGUUCAUUUUUAGGUGAAUUAUAACAGUUAGAUGGGAGCUAAUUCCGAUUGAAUUUUAUGAAGGCUAGUAUUUCGUUGUUCAAGACUUUUGAGUACCUAAAGUAGUUUAGCAACUACAAUACUUUCUUGAUUUGUAAUUUAAGCUUUCUAGGGCUAUUUGUUGUUGGUAGCCAAUCUAGGUUUUUAACAGUGAAGCUAUUAUCUUCAGCUUUUGCAUGUAGAGUUUCUGCAAAAGCAUUCCUGCAAGGACUUCAAGUUUCAGAACUCAGUUCCUCAAGGUACCAAAGUUUCCUUCUCUAA